AUGGUCCGACGACUUUUUGUGCAAGGCUUGAGCUCCGACGCGACAGAGAGCUCCGUUAAAAAAUAUUUUGAGCGUUUUGGAAACAUUUACGAGUGCGUGGUACCGUCCCCACCUAGAUAUUCAGUUAUUGAUUCCGGACCAGAUGAAGAAGAGAUGGAAGCACGCUCUGCAAUACGGCAUGAAUCAAUUCCAGAGGAUGAAUUAUUAGAUGACGAAUUAGAUGUAGAACAGUACAACUCGGAGAAACAUGGGUCAUUCGAGAGCUACAUGAAAAAAGUUGGAGAUGGCACAGCUUUCUCUGCGGGAACAAAAAGAGCAUGUUCGGGUUAUGCUUAUGUCACAUUUGUCGAUAUGGAUGGAUAUUUGAGAUGUACAAAUUCAGAAACUCAUGAAAUUGAUGGAGUCAAAUGCACUGUCGAAACAGCGAAGGAAGACAAUGAAAAAUUAGAAGUGGAAUCAAAACGACUUUUUGUGUCAUAUUUCCCUCUUGAUAGGUUGACAUCAAACGAAUUGAAGACGAAAUUUGGAUUAUAUGGAAAAAUUACAGACGUAGAAUUCGUUCGUGAUUCUGAAGGGCCACUUCAUUUCUGCAUCAUUACGUUUGCCGAUUCUAAAUCUGUAGAUGUAAUUCUGACCAAAUCGAUAUAUAUUAGAGAUGUUCUCAUGUUUAUGCGACGAGCAGUUUUGAAAGAAUCAAUAAAAAUUGCUCAACAGAAAAAAAUGGAACAGAGUCAAGUGCAGAGAAUUCAGUUGCCUCUGAAUCAUACAGCCUAUCCGACACCACUUCGGCCUGUUACUGUUUUUCCUCAUUCGCCUUAUUCAUCUUCUCCAUCUACUAACCCAUUACAUGAUCCUUCGGCAGCUGCUGGAUAUGCCCCUCUACUUCCACAACAAUCAGAGGCUGAUCCAAGUUCGCAAUAUGGUUAUGGACCUAGAAAGUGGUAG